CUGGGUCUCGGUCCGGCCUCGUCAGUCUCAACGAAUAGCUCAGCCCGUGAGGUGAGACACGUUGUGUGUGGGAGCCGAGUGAACGAAAUUAAACCAAGAUAGAAAGAAAAGUCGUGUCAUCACACACACGACGUUAAACAACAAAAAAAUAACUUUUUUAAUUAUUAUUAAUUUCCACUCACCACACACACACACGACAUUUUUUGAGAUUGUGAAGACUCUCGUGUUGUCAAGGACGUCACACACACAGAAAAUUUGCCAAAAGAUUUUUGUCGGCCAUGUGAGAAAAAGUUGGAAGGAAAAAAUAUUGUGUCUAACCACAUUUGACCGGUGUGUGUGUGUGUGUGGUGUGGAUGUGUGUGUGAUUGUGUCGAGUGAUUCUCAAGGAUUCGUGUGCAAAAAUUUCCGUUUUCUCGAAAGGCAAAUGUCUGCCAAUUUUAUUAUCGGCUAGUGUGUGUGUGUGUGUGAGUGUGUGUGUCUGUUUCAAAGAAUCGACACACAUGGGUCGGUCGGGAGGAAGAAACAACAGCCAAGAGAAUUCCCGGCUGCGGCGGUGGCGCCACUAGGCCCGUCAAAUGUUGUCCAUCGGGAAAAUUUGAGAUUUUUGUUUGGAAAAACUCCGUCUGCAAUUGACGUUAAAUUCAAAAACGAGUGACACACGAAAUCACGAAAUUUUUGUUGGUUUGUGGCUGCCGUUUUUUUCGUGAAGAAGAAACGAAGAAAAACCCGGAAAACACCAAACGAAGACGACGAACGUUCGGCCAAAAUCCGCCAAUCUGGCUCCUCCCGCUCUCGUGUCGAAUGUAACACGACUUGGGCGAGGGCUGGAACAGCAUGGGCAGCCCGAAUGAGGCGGCCGCACAGCCUGGACCCGGCACAGGAGGACCUCCAAGUGGGGAUGGAGGAGGUCCUGAUGGUGUUGGUGGCGAAACAACACAUCACGAUGGAGGCAGCGAUGCUCCAGCUCCUCCGCCGCCGCCGCAGCCAACGUUAGCCGCCAACAACAACGAGGACAACAACAUCCGGAGUAACAGCAGCAGCCCAAGUAGCGAAACGACUGAAAGUACAGGUAGCAGUAGCAGUACAACGUCUAGCGCCACCGCAGUAGCAACAACAACAACCAACACCACUACCAGUCCGGGAAGGAGAGCCAAUGGCAAACACGGCGGAAGACGAUGGAAAGCCGAGCACCAGCCACUACGGAAAGCGUCGAUGGAAGAAGAGGAAGAUGAGGAUGAAGAAGAAGAAGAAGAGAAUGAACAAGACGACCGGAUCCGCCCGGCACCGCUUCCAGUAGUAGAAACGGAAUCUUGUUCCGCAUUGCCACGUCCCGAAGUGGUUGUCACUCCCAGUCGUACAAAUGUCAUCCACACGUCGGAAGAGUCGGACGAGGACGACGGCAUGGUGGACCUGGACAGGAAAUUGACGCCCAGUCCGCCUCUACCUGCUGCUGCUGCUGGCCAGAAACCUGAACAACAACAACAACAAGAUCAUUAUUGUCUAAGAUGGACCAAUCACGGUAGUCACGUGCUGGGCGUGUUUGCCCAGCUACUUCGCGACGAGUCGCUGGUGGACGUGACGUUGGCGGCCGAGGGCCGUUCUCUACGAGCUCACAAGAUGGUCCUGUCGGCCUGUUCGAGUUUCUUCCGGACGCUGUUCGUCUCCCACUCUGACCAGCGCCACCCCAUCGUCAUCCUGAAAGACACGAAAUUCACGGAACUCGAGUCGCUGCUCCAGUUCAUGUACAAGGGCGAGGUCUCGGUCGAGUACGGACAGCUGGCCACUUUGCUCAAGACGGCCGAAAAUCUGAGAGUCAAAGGAUUGGCCGAUGUGACCACGACGGCCACGGCGGCGCCCAAGGCGAAAGCGGAAGUCGAGGAAGAAGAGGAGGAAGAUGAAGAAGAUGAUGAAGAAGAUGAAGAGGACGAUGAGGAGGAGGAAGAUGAGGUGGUGGACAUGUUUGAUCAGGAGCUGGAAGAUGCAACCAACCCCAAUCCCAUCGUGAUCGAACGGAACGCCCUGACGUCGGGUCUGUCAUCUCUGACGGUCGGAAGGAUCCAGCGGCGCCAGCGGAGGCGGCAUCACCUCCACAACCUCAGCAAUCCUUAUCGUCGAUCUCUGCUCCAUCCCAAUCUCCAAUUGAAUCCGCAGCAGCAGCUCAAGGCUUCCGGACGAUCUGCAGGGCUGGACGUCGACUCGACCAUGGCCAAUCAUCACCGACUAGUACAACAACAAAAACAGAAACAACAAGGCAGUAGUGGCCAUUACCAACGACGUGGCUCUGACUCUGUAGUUCCGCUGGAUCUCAUCCAUCCGGAAGUCAUCCAAGAUCUCUCUUCCAACACUGCCGCUUCCGCCGGAUUAUUGGAUCAUCGGCGUUCAACAGCCACUCACAAUUCCCGGCGGAACAACAAUAACCCACCGCAGCAGACAAACCACCUACACCAUCAAAUCCCAGGCGACUGGAAGCCUCCGAACGAACUUCAGCAUCCGCCCCGGAGGCAGCUCAAACCCUCGUCUAACCAUCAACAACAACACAAUCACCACCACCACCAACACCAGAAGCCGCAGGAAGCUCAUCGCAACGAUCCAGUGGCUUCCGGCGACAGGAACAGCAACGCUUCCGGAGGCAUGGAGAAUCGCAAUUGCGACCGUGAUCCGGACGACGGUGAUCACAACCAUCGCUUUAAAAGCGAAUCGACUCGGAAUGAACACCACAACGUUGCCGGAGGGCUUGAGGGAUCCACCAUUUUGAUGGACUCGAUGGCCCAGGAUUCCGGCACGGCUCAAGAUCUCCGCAGGAUGGCUCCACAUUCACCUCCGCUUCUUCCGUCGUCUUCGUUAUCUCCUGCGUCUCCACUUCCUUCUGGUCCUCCAGCGGCUGCUGCCACUGCCACUUCCAACGCAGCAACAUCCGGUGGUCCGGCACAUCCGCAUCAACGCUUCCGUCACUGGAUGAUGGAAGAGGAGAGCGACGAGAGCGGCGAAGAGGUGGACGGUGAUGAAGAUAUGGAUGAAACUAAGACGGAGGAGGAGGCGACCUAUCUCCGCCGACAGGGUAGUAGUAGGAGACGAAAUACUUCCGGAUCCAACAAUCAUCCGCCUUCCGCCAUCGGUUCACCUCAGCAUCUUCCAAUGUCGCUGAUGAAAAAGGAAACGGGAAAUUGGAACGACUCGGCUGUCAAUCGACCAGAAGCUUCCGGCUCAGCAGGAGCCAGUACGGCCGGAGUAGAUUCACUCCGUUCUCCAGGCUCUUUUUCUUCCAACAGUUCCGACGCCGAUCAGUUUUCUGACGGCCAGAUGCCGACGGCCGAGGUGGUGAUUGAAGAGGGCGAGUAUCUCAACUUCUCCGGCAGCGGAGGAGGAACCUCUAGCGGAUUGAGGAUGAGGCACAGAGACGGAGGUGGCGGACGCAAAAGUCAUCACAGCCACAAGGCACCGACUAGUGGCGAUCCUGGAAACCAUCGGAGCAUUAGCGCCGCCGCCGCCGCCGGAAGCGGAUCCAUCCAUCACCCUGCGGCUCGACCCAAGAGGUUCUUGUCUUUCCCGGAAGGAGCCGCCGCAGUCGAAGGAUCGGCUCACCACUCGUCGUCGGCCACCGGUAGUGGCGCAGGUGGAAGAGGGCAGAAAGGCGGAAGCGAUUUCCGAGAUGAGGUCUCGGUGGUAGUCAGCCGUUCAGGCGCCGGAGGAGCAAGUGGAUCAGGAGCGAAUGAAACCUCAUCUUCGUCUAAUUUCCUCUCGUCCAUUUUGCCCAUGGUCGUCCCUCAGUUCGACUUUGGCAUGCGCUUCGCCGGAAUGCCCCUGGGAAUGCCCUUUGCCGGAAUGAAUCCAUCCCAUUACCGGAAUAGUAACAGUAGUAACGCCUCUGGUGCAGCUAGUCGGUCGGGUCACAAUGCGCCCCGGCCAGGACCAUCUUCCUCAUCAUCGCAAUUACAAAGGCAACAACAACAACAACAACAAGCGGCUGCGGAGGAUAGAGACGAGCCCGGCGGUGCCGGAUCGCAUAGGAGCGGGGCCAGCAGCACGGCCAGCGACGUGGGCGUCUGUCGAGACUCUCCGUCGUCAUCUUCCACCUCGACGCGAGCCGUGGCGGCUUCCGGUUUCCCGUUUCCGACGUCCAUCUCGCUGAUUGAAUCUCACGUCGGCGUCGGUUUCACGCUGGGCUCGCGGGAGAAACCCUACAAGUGCGAGCAGUGCGGCCAGUGCUACAAGUACCUGUCGGCCUUCACCAAACACAAGGAGCAAAAUCACACGGCCCGUCUGCCCGGCGAGAAGCCCUUCCGCUGCGAAAUCUGCGGAAUGCAAUUCAAGUAUCUCAAAUCGUUCAAGAAACAUCGGCUCAAUCACGCUGUGGAGCGACUCCACGUUUAUCCCGGCAACGUCCGAGCCAUCACGAUGCCUGGGGCACCCGGCGGAGGAGGCGGAUCUAUGACGCCUCCAGCGUCUCUGGCUGGAUUCAUGGGCGUUGGCAUGAUGGAAGAACGCAGCGUCCUGGAAAUGCUGGGCAGGUCUCAACAUCACCACAGCCGCCGUGAAAUGCUCUCGGGUUCAUCCGCAUCCGGAAGCCAAUCAGAAGCCAGAGCCCGUCUCCAUGGAGCCGGAGGCAACACCACGUCCAAUACUCCCGAAGGCCGACGAUCUUCAAGUCCCGGCGACCAGCGAUUGGGAACGGCUCGGAUUAAAUCGGAAGUUGAAAUCGUCUCUUCCGGCGACGAACAGGAUCAGAUGAUGGACGACGAGACGACCAAUGACGGCCGUCUCAUGAGCCAGGAAGAGGCUGCCCAGCAACAACAGCAACACCAAUUCGGUUCUGCUGCUGGACGAUCCGCUUCGGCCUCAUCCGGUCAUCAUCCGCACCACGGCCAUCUCCACCACCACCACCACCACCACCACCUGUCUCAACAACAGCAACAACAACAAAAUCGACAACUCUUACUGCAACACGCCAAGUUUUCGGCGGCCAGUCCGGGCGGAAGUCCGGCCUCGUCAUUCCUUCAAGGAGCCCUUCAACUGCAGAGGCAACACCAAGUGGCCCAGCAUCAGGCGGCCCUGAUGGCGGCCAAUUUUCUGGCUGCCCGCGGAGCCGGAGGAGCUGCAGCGGCUGCUGUCGCUGCCGCCAUGCCACCGCCUCCGGGACUGGAGCGACUUCAACCGCAACAAUCUGGAGGAUCGGAUCCAUCAGGUCACGCCCCCGGCCAGUCGGAAGAAGGUCAGUCCGAUAGGGAAGGUUCAGAUGAUGGAGAAACGAGCAACAAAGGCUCGGGAUCCGGAAGGAGAGCUACUCCGCCGACAGCGGCUGCGGCCUCUUCCGCCGGACCGGGUCCAUUCCUUCACAAUCUGAUCCGCGAUUUCAGCUCGGCGGCGGCGGCUGCAGCGGCUGCCGCUGCCGUUGCCUCCACCAGCCGUCCGUCGUUGGUCAAUUCGGCCACGACUGGCGGCGCCGGUGGUGGUGGUGUUCCGGGCGGAAUCACGGGCCCACCUCCCGAAUACGACCCCGGGCGGCCCCAUUUGUGCCCGUUUUGCGGCAAGGGCUUCCGGGCCAAGGAGAAUUUGAAGCUGCACAUCCGGAAACACACGGGUGAGCGUCCGUUCGAGUGCGAAUUCUGCGGCCGAGCGUUCGGCGGCAAGAGCGACAUGAACCGCCACUUGAGAAUCCACACGGGCGAGCGGCCGUACCGAUGCGACGCCUGCGGCAAGACAUUUGCCCGUGCCGAUUACCUCUCCAAACACCUGUCCACUCACCUGGUCUAAAACAACAACACAUUUUAUGGCAAUCUCUCAACACUACUUGUGCCCUCUCAAUCAAACGACACCCAAGCAAAAAUAUUUUCUCAAUCGUAGCAAUCCUCCGCGCACCGCUAACUACAAAACAAAAACAAAAAUGGCUACAAGCCACACCCACUCGUCGUCCGCACGACGCCCAGAUGACAAUUUCUCUUCAAGAGCUUCAACUUUUUUUUUUCAAACAAAUUUUUUGGUAACCGAGCCAAAAAACAAACAGGAGAAGAAAAGAAACUGUCCAUUUUUCUUUUCUUCUGAAACCCAGAGAAAACCGAAUUUCAAUUGACGCAUCGAAAAUUGUUCAACCCCCCCAAAACAAAAAAUUAUUUUUUUGUUUCAAAAUUUCUUGCCCGGUGAUAAGAAAAGAUUUAAAAAUCACAGAAAUUUGCAUACCUUGCCCUCCAAUCUUUUUGUUUUUCUUCUUUUGGAUGGAAGAAAUCCAAGAAAAAAGAAAAGAAAAUCUUCAACCAAGUUGUUGUGCCUGGUUCUCGCCCCCCCCACAAAAGUGUUUGGCAUUUUCGUCCCCAACUUGUUUUGACCGACUCGCCAACGGUUUUCUCUUCAAGAGAAACUUGACGCGAGAGGAUCGAAUCCAUUUCGGAAUGAUAAACUCCUCCCUCAAAAAAACAAAAAUUCUAAUUUCGGCCAAGCCCCUCCCUCAAAUUGUUUGAUCCACGCAACGGACUGUGAUGCAAACUCCCUUUUUUGGAUUUAAAGAAAAAACAAACAAAAUUUUGGCGUUACAAACAAAAAAUUACGAAAUGUGGUUCUCGAAAUUUCUAUUUUGAUCAAUUGGAUAAAAGAAAUGUGAAAAGCUUUUUGUAAAAGAGCUUUGGGAAAACUCGUACACAAAAGUCCAUAAAACAAAAAUUGUUCCCCCCCCCCCCAAUCAAAUUCGAUUUGAUGAAAAAUAUCCCCCCCACCCCAUUUUUAACUGGAAGAACAGGUGCCGUCAAGAGAAAAUCCGGAAGACUCGUCGUCACUUCCGCACAACACUCAAUGUCAGCAGACAUUUAAAAAACAAGCCCGCCAUUGGACAAGAAUCAAGAAAACAAAAUACCCAAAAAAUUCUAAAAAUUUCAAAUUUUCUGGAUUUCAAAAAAACAGCCCCGGUGAAAAACUUUUAGGUGAAACUAUUUCAAAAAAAAAAGCUCUUUCAGGAAAAAACCCAGAUUUAACGAAAAAGAAACCCCCAAAACGGAAAAAAAAUUGAUAACUCAAAAAAUAAACACCGACAACACGUUUGUGGCUGUGAUAAUUUAAAAAAAACAUGUUUAGGCUUAUUUUAAAAAAAUUGCGAAAAAGAAAAAGGGAAAACAAAACUUUUUUAUGGCAAUCGUUUUGUGUGUGUGUUUUCUUCUUUCUGGCGGGAAAUUCGAUCCAAUCGAGCAGCAGUGCGUCUUCUUUUCUCUCCCCCCGGUUUUCAUCGGAAAAGCGGUUAGCUCAAAAAUUGAAAAGAUAUACAAAAAAACAAAACGAAAUUGUUUUCAAAGACAUCAAAGGGCUCGUGUGCCGUCGUGUGCGUUUCUUUUUUUUUUAAAUUUCGAGUGUGUAAGUGUGUGUGCGUGAGUGCGUGUUUGACACAUCCAUCAUCAAGACUCCCAUCCAAAGGAAAAAAAGCAUCCGCAAAUCAGCUUAAAACACAACAGAUGAAUUUUUUUUUUCUUUUCCAAUGAAAAGGUUUUUUGAAAAAAAAUCUUAUUGGAAGAAAAAAGAACCCAACCGCUCCCCCCCUCCAGCCGCUGGAUCCAAGAUCGGAAACCAAAAUGCACCGUUCUCCACCUGACGCAGGUGUGGUCCAACCAAUUUCUUUUUUUUUCUUUCUUUCUCUACUUCGUUGAAUUCUCUUUUAGCUAAUAAUUAGUUUUUCUUUUGAAUACCAUGAUACUACCCGCAGUGUUAUUAUUAUGUUUUUUCUUUCACAACAACAAUGUCCCCCCGUGUUUAUUCAGUGUCAGCGUGUUUGUCGGUAUAACUGCGUGAAUGUUUAGUGUGAUUGUGUUGAUUUAGAUCAUUUUUUUUUUCGUGUAUGAACGUUGUAAUUUCCCGCCAAGGAUUAUUUCAACGUUGACUCGUUGAGAGUGCUCAAAAGAUGUUGAGAAGAAACGAUUGAACCAGAUGGUUUUUUCUGGUUGCCCUCCCACCCACCCACUUUCUCUCCCCCCCCUCUGAAAUAUUAUAUCCCCCCUUUGAAAAAAUUUUUGGGAUUUAUCGAGGAGUUACUCCAUUUAGGCCUUUUUUGGACAUUUAAAAAACAUUUCGUGUGUCUCACGUCCAAACGUUUUGAGCUACUUGCUGCCUAGCGGUUCUCUCUUUUAUUUUCACUUUAUCCAAAACAAAAUCAUUGUAUUUUUCACUGGUUAAAUGAUUUUGUUUUCAUUUUUUUUUUAAAUUACUAAACAAAAUUCAUAAUUUUUUCGAUAUAUGGAGGGGAAAAAAUAUCGAUUCAUGUUGCGACCAUCCAUUCAUUGUCAAAUCAAAAGUCACGGCCUUUUUCGUCUUCUCUUUGUGCGAAAUUUGAAUUUCCCGGUUUCUCUCUCCCCUCCCCCUCUCCCAUUUAUUGAUUACAAAAAAAUUUAUGGAACCGCAAGCCGAUUUGAAGCGAUAAAAAAAAAUCAUUCGUUCAAAACAAAAAAAAAUCGUUCAAAACGAGCCAGAAAGCCUCUCUCUCUCCCCGCCCCCCUUUUCCUCUUUGCGCGUAUGUGUGUAGAAAAUAUUUCGGCAAAUUUGUAUUUACUGACGAGCCUCUCCUGACGAGAAUAAUUGGUCCCGCUGAUUUUCAAAGUGCUAGCCAAUUUGCGAUCUCUUUUUUUUUCUUUAUUUUUUAGUCUACACAUUGGAAUUUGAUAGAUAAAGUUUUGAUCAAUUCAACGAUGAUGGAAAUGGGUUUUUAAUUGCCUUUUGAUGUAGCCCGCCAUUAAGUGAUUUAUAAGAAAGUAGAAAAGCUAUUUUGUAUUUUCUCUUUUUUUUUACGUUUUCAAAAUUUGGCUCCCUAUUAUUAUUGUGUGAGCGCGCAAAAUUUGAAAAUUUCGGGGUGGGAGGAAAAUUUUAUUCGAUCGACAUGGAAAAUCCAUCACAGAUACUUCUGCCCGUCCUCGUCCGACAUCACACAGUGUCAGACAAUUUUUGGCUCUUUUGUAUCAAGGGGGUUGGGGGAUUUUUUGAUCGAAAUUUCGUAGCGAGAAAUAACAAUUUCAAUCAACCAGCGACGUGUGUUCACAUUUAUUCUCUUCGCUAUUGUUAUUCGAGACAUUUUUUGGAUGAAAGACAAAAAAUACUAUCAAAAACAUUUUGCCUGUCUUGCGUGUUUCAAAACAAAAAAAGGAAAUUUGCCACACAAAAGUGCAUCACGGCACUCUAAUCUCGUCAUUAUUUUCUUCUUUCGUUUCUUCGUCCCUUUUCUCGUUUGCCAAAUUUUGGAGACCUUUCGGGGUUCAUUUAUUAGAACGGCAUAGCAACAAAUUUUUAUUUUCAAUUUUUUUUUUCAAUUAGAAAUUUGCUUUUAACUUAAUUUAUUUUGAGAUUCGUUCAAGAAAUUGGUCGUCAUUAGGCGUUGAAACAAAGGUUGGGGAUAGCGCUGCAGCAUAGCGGUUUGGUACUGUGAUAUUCAAAUAUCGGUCAUGGAAUGGAAUUUGUCUUAUUGAAUUUUUUAAAAAGAGGGAAAUUCUAACCCGUUUAAAACGAAAAAUUAUUUCGAAAACUUUAAAAUCAAAUUUAAAAAAAAUUGCUAUGGCCUAUACAAAUUCGAUAUCAGAACUUUCAAAAUUAUUGUCUCGUGGUAAUCACAUUUUUUGGGAAAUUCUAUUUUUAUUAUAAAUUAUGACAAAUUACAUUUCGGAUUGAUUCUGAUAUUUGCCAAGGUGAUGGUUAAAAAAAAACAAAAUUAAAUCAAUCCAAUGGGCAGAAGUUUGGCUCGUAUUUUCGAAAACAAAUUUUAAUUCAAAAUUUUGUAGAAUCAAAACGGAAGAAAGGGAGGGGGGUUAAGGGAGGGAGGAUUUUUUAUUUAAUUGGUUUUCAAUUCUUAAAAUAAAACAAAAUUGGAGAAAUUAGCUAACCGGUAUGCGUGUGUGAUGGUCGUCGUCGUAUAAAUGCGGAUGUUGCGCGAAUGUUUUUUUGUGUCAACUCUUUUGACGUGUUCAUUUCUUAAUUUCACGCCGGUCGUCAGCGUUCAGAACGCCUAGACGAUUGGUCCGGAAAUUUUCUUUUUUUGUAUGUGUUUUUUUAACGAGGCAGUUACAAAAAGGGAAAAAAGUGACGAAUAAACAGCGUCACUCUAAAACAAAAAUUUCUUUUUCUUCACGGCGAAUGAACAUUUUCAAAGGCGGCAAAUUUGAAUCUACUUUGUAAAACCCCCCGGUGUGUAAAAACAAAAAAUAAUCAUUUCCUUGUAGUAGCGUGCGCUUUUUUUUUUUCAAUGUCUCGAUGUGUUUUUGUUUUAUUUCUCUUGAAUUAGGAAUUUGUUCUCUCAUUGGUUCCCCCCGCUUAUUGUCGCUUUUUUUUUCUUAAACAGGAGGGAAAAACAAAUUGAAAACGAGUUAGGAUCGAAUCCUCCUUUUUUUCCCCUCAAAAAGAAAAAGAAAUUGGCACAUGAGAAGACAUACUCAUUCUCUGCGUAACCGGUUUCUUUUUUGUUUCAAUGAAAUGUUAGAUUUAAAAAGAGAUCAUAAGACAAAAAAUAUUAAGAAACACCACACACACAAAAAUAGCGCAGACAGACCGAUUUGCGCCUGGUCGAAUUCAAUUUGAUUUCGAAAUUUCUGGCCAUCAUAUGUGUGUCGUGUUGUAUCAGCCCCGUGUGUGUGUGUGUGUGUGCGUGUCUGCGUGCGUAUUUGAGUAAUGUUUUUCCGUUUUUCUGGAACUUGCCCUUCUUAUAUUUUUUUUCUCCCAAUGUCAAUUAAAAAAGGAAAUGUUUGUAUUUGAUCACAUUGAGCGUGUCAGAGCCAGGCCAUGGUGUAGGAGCCAACCGCGCGGCUUUUUUAUUUUCCAAAAAAAUUAACAAACAUACAAAAAAAAACACGGAAUUUUCUAGGUUAUUGGUCAAAUUUUGUUUUCUUUCCCUCCCCACUCCUUCUCUCCCUGAAUGGAAAAUAACCAACAGAGUUUUUGGUGACUCUUGAUGACUUACAAACCGAUAUGGAUAUAAUCAAAAUCCUUUUUAUUAAAAAAAAAGUUGAUUUUGCGCCUCUAAUACGACCGAGGAGGCGUCAACGCCCCGAACUUUGACAACAAGAAAAUAAAAACAACACACAAACUUUUUUUUUUUUAAUAAAUAAUUCUGCCAAAAAGAAAAAAAGAUAAGUAAAGAGAGAGACUUUGCCCGGAAAAAUGUAAUAAAAUUGUGCGGAAUGUCCGUCGAUCCACUCCGGAAGUUCCGCUAUGUUUUACGUUACUGUUUUCAGAUCCAUACAACAUUUUCCAGUCUCAUUUACAUGUCCUCUUUCAAACAGACAACAGUUCAAUAAUCAUUUCGUCGCUGGUACGAAGUUGAACAAAAUUCCCUGAUUUUUUUAUUUUGUGACAAAAAGAUGAAACAUCUGUUUUAAAGUUUUAGCGGGCGACUUUAAGGGCGUGCAAACCCGUCCUACCCGACUAAUAAACCCCCCCGAUGAUGAAUCAAUCCCCCCCAAAACAAACACACUUUCAACCUAUUUUUUAAUAGCAUUUUCUAAUUCUUUUUGUAAUUCAAUGUUCUUUUGAGUUGCUUCCUUUUUCCCCCUUAAACUUUUUUUUUUCAUUUCCUCAUCGUGCAGUAAAAUAAUCCCCCCCCCCCUCUUUUUCAGUUGCUCAACUUUUUCCUCUUUUUAUUUUAUUGUCGCUUUCGGUGGUGAAAACAACUAGAAAACAAAACACAACCGCUCCCUUUCCGGGCUGAGACUCGACCGCCCGGCAAGCGGAUACCAACACCUGUUUUUUUUUUCCAUCAAGUUAAAGUUGAUCAUCAUUGUUUUUGUUUUUUUAAGUUUUUUAACGUAAAUAUCCUGUUGUCGUCUGGUGAUUCAACACAAUCAUGUAACAAAAACCCAUAAACAAACAAAAAAAAAAGUUAAAAUUCAAAUCAAUCUCCCCCCUCAAACAAACAAACAGCAAAAAAAUCAGUCGUUGUCAAGUGAAAUCAUUCACGCUCUCCCGAUUCUCGGUCCCUCUGGUCUCUUGUAAAUGUAGGAAAAUAACCGAAUUCUUAGCUUUAUUGGUCGUCCAUAUUAGGUAUCCCCCCAUCUUUACUUAUACAGACUUGUCUUAGAUUUUAGGAGACUUUGAGUAAUCAAAUCCACAUUUUAAAAACCCACACAACAACAACCACAAAAAAAAAAAUAAAAGUAGUUCAGCAAAUCCCACAUAAAAUAAAAACACCCCGUUAAGUGAGCGCAUUUUUUCCCAGUCUCUCUCUAUUUACCAGUUCUUUUUUUAAACAUUUUCCCGACUUGGAAUAACUUUUUUUUUAUUUUUCAUUCUACAGCUAAUUUUAGUAUCUGUCAUAGAUGUUUUGCCGUAGACUGUUGAAAUCACACCCACAGGGUUUCUUCACGUCAUCAAGUAAUAAUAGGAUGUAAUUGAAUUGUCUGAAUCAAAAAAGACGAUCGAUUACUUUUGGUGUUUAAUUCUUACCGUGCUUUUUAAUUCCCCCUUUGGUCUGUGCUCUAUCUCUACAGUAAACAAACCCCCUUCAUGUUUUUCUUCGAACGCCAUCGGAAACGACUCGGCGCCCGUCUCUCCGUCUGUAUUCUAAUUGUAGUGGAUUUUUCGUGUUUUCUCACUUUCUAUCUCUAUCAAUCUGCUUAUUUUUCUUCUGGUUUUUGUUUUUGUUGUUGAUUUGACACCUUACUUCUUCUUCAACUUCUUUCUCUUCUUCAACUCUUUGCUUUGACUUCCAUAUUAUUCUAUAAACAACCCAUGCAGUUCCAUAGCCCGGUCCACCAGAAAACAACAACAAAAACCAGCAAAAAACCCCCCAAAUCCACAAAAUUUGUUUUGAUUUCAAGGGAAUAUCGAUAGGAAAGGAAAAGGAAAAAAAAAACCACCAACCACCAUUAAGAAAAAAAAAACAAACAAAACCAAAAAUUGUUUGACACAUUGUCAAAGACUCACCUUUCAUCAAAUUGAAAAGGAACUUUGACUUUUUUUUUUCUUUUUCGUACCUCCCUAACCACACCCCAACCCUCAAUUACCCUCAAGUGUUCUCAACGGAUUUGAUUUAAUCUCUCCACUCUCUGGAUCUUUUCUUGUUUGGGCCUUCCGUCAGCAAAAAAAAAAACAAAAUUAUGAAUUUUUUUUUUCAAACCCAACUUUUAUUGGAUUGCGGUCAAAGAUGACUGGAAUAUUUCGAAAUUUUCGGAUAUUAAUUGGCCUUAGAUUUACCCCCCAAGAAACAUUGAUCCUGAGGGAAAUAUGUUCUUCCUUUCGACGAUCCCAUUUUUUUAAAAGGAAAUAUUUAGAUUUUUACUAUUAUUGCUAUUAUUUUGUAAAAUUAUCCAGGAGAACACACACACCUUAAAUGUUUUUCAAGAAAUAACGGGCGAAAUUUAGGAGCGGGAGUCAUGUUGCGUGCUGUGUGUGCGAGUGUUAUAAAACAAAAGUUUAAAAACCCCCUUUUUUUUGGUUUAGAAUGAUUCUUUAAAAUAUUUUUCGUGUUCCCAGAGGGAUCUCUCUUUCGGCUUGCCAAGUGCCUCUUUCCUAGUGUGCGCGCAAAAGAAAAAAAAAAACAUUUUGUUGAUUUUUUUUUUUCAAACAACUAAAAUAAAAGUUGAGCUCGCGAUUUUCGGACAUCGUUUCGGAAUUUGAUGUUUUCAAAAUUAGAAAAUCAAAAAGCUCUUUUUAAAAAAUUGAUGAUAACAUUUUUGUAUAUGACGCGGAAUUAACUAUCUAUCUAUGUUCUUGGUUGAAAGAACAUUUUUUUCUUUUCUGAUUUCGGUGACAACGUCGUUCAGAGUGACAAAAAUUCACUGGCCUCUGCUGCUGUGAAAUCAACAUGUGUGCGUUUAUUUCAAAAUUUUUGAUAAGAAAAAGGUUUCAGCCAAAAAGAUUUUUGAAAAUUCAAAAAAAAAAAUUGAAAAUCUAUUACCAAAAUUUUCGACCUUUUUCGGAAAUGUUUCGAAACUUUUCUUGUUCUCUCUCUAUCUCACAUGUUGUUUAGCUGCAAAAAAUAAAAUAAAACACACAUUUAUAUGAAUGGAAAAAUUUGUUAACGAAGGAUGCCACCUUCACUUUCACGACGGGGAGUUCAUUUGCAAGUUUUGGUUUUGAUAUAAUAACCCCCCCGAGUGAAGGAUGUUGUUGUGCUCCGGUUACUGUUUUUAAGAAUUUUUCGUGUCUCUGAAUGACGCAGAAAAGAAAAGCUUCAAAAUUGUUGAUUAAACUCAAUCAACUUCUAUUGUCUUAUAAUGUCCGGUCAGUUUGGGUUAUUAGACCGGGCGUUACACACAAACACAUAAACACACAAAAAAAAACUAUUUUGGAUUCUUGUUGGCAUUUAAAAGAAUCUUACGAGUUUCUUUUUCAUUUUUUUUUUACUUGAUUAUUUGGCCUGUUAUCGUCAAAACUUUCCUCCUUUCGGAAUCGCCGUCGCCACUAGUAAAUGAUUUCAAAGUUAAAAAAUUUGAGUUUGUUUUUCUGGGAUGAAGAAAAAGAAAAUUAAAAAUUACAUUUAUUGCAGAUCCUCUCCCACCAACCGAAUAAACUUGCCACAAUUUAAAUGAUAAUAACACACACCAUCUCACUCUCCAGAGCUGUUUGUU